GUGGCGUCGGUCUCGGAGAGAAAAGCAAAACAAUCGUUUAUUCCUAUAACCGGCCGCUUUCCGGGGCUUCGGAGCAGCAGUGGACCCGCCGUGUCAGCGCAGCGCCGCGGCUUUGUGGUCAGCACACUCGUAUUAAAUGUAUCUGUGCCCAGUCCGCUCCGCGACCCGCCGAGAGCUCGUCUUCUGCCUUUAGCGCCGCUCGUCACGUUUAAAAUGACUUCCAAGCGCCUGCUCGACAGGUCUCCGCCCGGCGUCAGAGCGAGCUGCGCCGGCGGCAUCAUCACGCACGCAGGCCACGGCGAGGGGGUCGCGGCCGUGGACUACGGGGUCUUUUGGGCGAGGAAGAAAGGACCCGUACCGGUCAAUGGCUUUAACACGAAACUGCUGGACAAGGGGUCCCUGCACGAGCCGAGCAAGGAGAACUCUCUCAAUGGAAACCACUUCGCCUCGGGGAGGGAGAAGCUCCACAGCAGGAAGAAGAUGGGCUGCGCUGGUGAGGAGGAUGGGAGAGAGAUGGCCUCCUCCGGUGGUGUCCUCAAACGAGGCAGCCCGACUCAUCUCCUGGUGUUAAAUGGACAGAGGCCAGAGGACCACAUACAUGUGGAGGCCAUGACUCCAGUGAGGAGGCCCCAGGAGCCAAGAUGUGUCCUGCCGUUGCGUGUUACGGACCCUUCCCCUGAGGACCCCGAUGCUUCCUCUCAUAUCCCCGUCCCCCGCAACAGGAAGCCCUCAGGCCAUGCUGAUAAAGAGGUGAUGGCAGCUACCGUCCUGACCACACUGUCCACCAGCCCUCUGGUGCUGAACCCCUCCUCUGGUGCUUCAGGUGCAGUUCCAGAGCCUGCCAGCAGGGGGUGGAAGGAGAGCCUGUCAGCCAGCUACAGCAGCUCCACCAGUGGCAACUGGAGCUGGGACGCCAGCGACCAGUCUGUGCCCUCCACGCCGUCCCCACCCCUCUCCAACGACGUCAGCAAGAGCUUCCUGCUCUCCUCACAGGGCGAAGACAACAUCGAGGAGGCCGAGAGCACGCACUUCCUGUUUGAGGACCCCAUCCCCCGGAAACGGAAGAACUCUGUGAAGGUGAUGUUUAAGUGUUUGUGGAAGAACUGUGAAAAGGUCCUCAGCACAUCCUCAGGGAUCCAGCGGCACAUCCGCACCGUGCACCUGGGGCGGAACGGAGAUUCCGACUACAGUGAUGGUGAGGAGGAUUUCUACUACUCAGAGAUUGAGGUGAACAUGGACACUCUGUCUGAAGGGCUCUCCAACCUCACACCCACAUCGCCCACCACUGCCGGACCGCCCCCUGUCUUCCCCCUGGCCAGCGACAUGGCACAGUCAGAGUCGUAUAUGAUUCACAGUCCGCUCAGCCAAUCAGCUCCAUCCACACUGUGCCACAUCCGCACUGACCACGCCUACCAGGCCACUGCUCCCGUCAACAUUCCCAGCGUGUCCUCCGAGCUGCCCCACAGCCAGAGCACCAUCAGCGUCUCCUGGCAGUCGCCUCCUGUCAUCUUUAAAGGCCCACCGGGCGCAUUGAACCAUGUCCGCACUGUGAGCAUCGGGGAGAAGAGACAGCCCGUCACACACACCACCGUCAGCAAGACACACACCAUCAACCUGUCUACACCCAAACCCACUGCUGGAACCAGAAAACCCCGCGGUGAAGCGAAGAAAUGUCGCAAGGUGUACGGGAUGGAGAAGAAGGAUCUGUGGUGCACGGCCUGCCGCUGGAAGAAAGCCUGCCAGCGCUUCACUGACUGAUCCUGAUCUUUCCCUUCCAACCAAAUGGACUCUUCCAUCAGCAGUGUUUCACUGACUUUCACUAACUCCUCCCUCUCCAGAGCCCCAGAAUGGACUUUUCCUUCAGGGCUGAGCUACAGAUGGGGCGAGGUAAGGGGGGGUGUUUCUGGGAUGUGGCCAUUUCAGGAGGUGCUCCUUGUCCUGAACCACAGCCAACAGUGGAACAUAUUUCACUCUUAUGAAACAUGCAAAAAAAAAAAAACACACAAAAAAAGGAAAAAAAUGAUAAAAG